AAAUGUUCUCUUUGGUAUUCCAACACAGGUUUCAUUGCAAUAAGAAUUGAGGUGUGUCUAAGCUUUUACCUGGGAGCAAUAAUGAUGUUGUCAAGCGUUUCUGGUGAGACCAGCCCAGGAUUUUUGGGUGGGGAGACAGACUCUGUUAUACAGCAUCUUCAGUGCUUCCUUCAGAGGGAGGCAGAUACACUUUGAAAGAUUGGGUGUAAGGACAUCUACUGAGUGUCUUUUUACAUACACACCGGGGGAGGGGAAAGGGAACAGAAGUGUGACUAUAGUUCAGUUGGACUUGUAUCUAAGAGAAAUCAGAUGCAAUGGAUUGGCCCCUUCACAGAACAGCUGCUGUUGUGUUCUUAUUCAUGGUAUUCCUGGACAUCAGCACAGGGUUUCAUGUACAGGUGAAAGAAAUAAAUGAAAAUGGUGUGCAAAGAUGGAAGACCUUCAGAAGACAAAAACGUGAAUGGAUCAAAUUUGCUGCAGCUUGUAGAGAAGGAGAAGAUAAUUCAAAAAGGAAUCCAAUUGCCAAGAUCCGUUCAGAUUGUGAAGAAAACAAUCCAAUUAUAUAUAGCAUCAGUGGAGACGGAAUUCGAGAAAACUUCGUUAUUAAUCCAAGAACUGGAGAAAUUAAUAUAACGAGAAUAGUUGAUCGGGAGGUGACUCCAGGAUUUCUUAUUCACUGUUUUGCUAAACAUGCAUUGACUGGCAUAGAUUUAGAACCGCCUCUUGAACUUCAAGUCAGAAUUCUGGAUAUAAAUGACAAUCCUCCAAUUUUUACACAAAGUGUAUUUACAGGAUCUAUUGAAGAAUGCUCUAUGGACAACACUCUGGUGCUGAAAAUAACUGCAACAGAUGCAGAUGAACCAAAUAACUUGAAUUCAAAAAUUGCCUACAAGAUAGAAAGUAUGGAUUCUUCCGGGUCAAUGUUUGUUCUGAACAAAUACACUGGAGAAGUUCACCUAGCAAGCAUGCUUGAUCGAGAGCAACAGUCAAGUUACAGUCUUGUUGUGAGAGCCUCUGACCGGGAUGGAGCUGCAGAUGGAAUUUCAUCCUCUGCUAGUUGUAUUGUGAAAGUUCUUGAUGUAAAUGACAAUUUCCCAACUAUUGCACAAAGCUCAUAUUCAGCACAAAUUUCAGAAAAUUCACUUAGUUCAGAACUGUUACGGAUACAAGCUUUAGAUGCCGAUGAAGAAUUUUCAGACAAUUGGUUGGCAGAAUUUUACUUUUUAUCUGGCAAUGAAGACAACUGCUUUGAAAUAGUUACAGAUCGAGCAACAAAUCAGGGAAUUCUGAGAGUUAUUAAGGAACUGAAUUAUGAACACUUGUCAACUCGCCCACUGAGUAUUGCUGUUAGAAAUGUAAAUGCAUUCCACAAAUCUGUAGCUACUUCUUACAAACCUGCUGGAGUUCUCUGUGUUAUUGAAGUGCAAAAUGAGGUUGAGGGGGCAAGAUUUUAUCCGUCAGAAAUGACCUGUCCUGUAUCAGGAAGCAUAUCAGCUAAUCAGGUUUUGGGAAUAUAUUCAGCCACAGAUGAAGACACUGGACAAAUUGCCACAAAUAUCAGGUAUAUGAUGGGACAUGAUACAGCAAAUCUAUUUUGGAUCGACUCACGCACUGGAAAACUCAUUGUGAAAAAAGCAGUUAAUCAGCAGUCAACUUUUUUUACCAAGGGGGAAUACAAAGCAGAAGUUCUGGCUAUUACUAUAGGUGAACCUGUAAAAACUGCCACUGGUACCAUUGUGCUUAGAGUUUCAGAUUUCAGUAGUGACUGUCCAACUCUUAAUAUUCAAAUGAGGGAUAUGUGUAUGGAUUCACCAUCAAUUGUUAUCAAAGCACAAGAGCAAGAUGGUGCCCCAUAUACCUUUAGCAUAGAUGGUCAGCCUCACAAAGUAUGGCGUAUCAGAUCCAUAAAUGAUUAUUCUGCACAGCUGGUGGCUCAGAAUAUGGAAUAUGCUGUUUAUAAAAUCCCUGUCUAUGUGACAGACCGCAGAGGUAGAAGAUGUGUACAACCACAUCUAAUACCAGUCAGAGCCUGUCGCUGUGAUACCAGCAGAAGAUGUACAGAGGGUGCUACCAGAGUAAUUAUUAUUAAAGGCAGUGGAAUUGGCACUGGUGGUGGCGGCGGCGGCGGCGCUGGUGGUGGCGGCGGCGGCGCUGGUGGUGGCGGCGGCAGCGCUGGUGGUGGCGGCAGCGCUGGUGGCGGCGGCGGCAGCAUUGAUGGUGGUGAUGGUGGCACUAUUUAUGACGACAGCGACACUGGUUUUACCGGUACCAUCAGUGAAGGCACAGGUACAACCGUUGGGUAUAGUGAGUAUGGUGUAAGCAGUAUUUAUGAAGAUACCAGCCGUUUUGGUGGCUUUCAACCUGGAGCAAGAUUUGGUGGACUUACUACACUUAGUGCUGCUGCUGUUGGCCUGAUGUUUCUUGGUGGCUUAAUACUUGUAUUGAUUCCAAUUUUGAUGUCAAUGUGUGAUUGCUGUGGUUGUGGACCAGGACCUACAAGUGGAGCUGGGAUUGGAUUUGAACCUGUACCUGAAUACACAGAAGGGGCAAUUCAUUCAUGGGGAAUAGAAGGAGCACAGCCAGAAGACAGGGACGUUUCAAAUAUUCUCCUACCAGCAACUACUGACCCUCCAGGUGACUUUGCUGACCCUUCUGAUAUUUAUACAAAUGCAUACGGAGGAGGAGUAACAGCAGGUUCAGGGUUUGAAGAAACUACAGGGCUUGGGACUGGUCAUCAACCUACAGAUUAUGGAACAGCUACAGGUUAUGCAACAGCUGGUGCAAUUUCUGGAACAAUGGACAGAAAAGGGGUCUUUGGAGGGACGGUAAAAGAGUACAGUGAAGGAGGAAUGAAUAUGACUUUCUUAGAAAAUUACUUCUCUGAGAAAGCAUUUGCCUAUGCAGAUGAAGAUGAAGGUCGACCAGCAAAUGAUUGUCUCCUAAUAUAUGAUCAUGAAGGAAUAGGCAGUCCUGUUGGUUCCAUUGGCUGUUGUAGUUUUAUUGGUGACGAUAUGGAUGACACCUAUUUGGAUAGGUUAGGACCAAAAUUUAAGACUCUGGCAGAAAUCUGUUUGGGCAGAGAAAUAGAGCCUAUUCCAGUUCUUAAUGCUACCUUUCCAAGUCCUGAAGUUGAUCUAAAUCUGCCACCACCCGGAACCACUAUCAUUGUUAAUGGAUCUGUACCAAUGCCUCCCACAGCUGGCAGUACAACAGUUGUUACUGAAAAUACCUAUACAUCUGCAUCUGCUAUGCAGCCUGCAAGACCUGUACCUGAUCCUUUGCUCCACGGUAAUGUAAGAGUGACUGAGACUUACACAACUGGCCCACCUACACAUAGUGUUGAUCCUCUUCUUACACCAAACGUUGUGGUAACAGAAAGGGUGGUUGGUCCUGCCUCUGAUUUGCGUGGCAUACUAGAUAUCCCCAAUAUAACAGAUGGGUCAAAUGUUGUUGUUACAGAAAGAAUAAUCACACCCAAUUCCAGGGUUCCCGCUUCUUUGAGUAUCCCUGAUCUGGCAGAUGGUUCAAAUGUAGUGGUGACAGAAAGGGUAAUUAGACCAGCGUCAGGUAUACAAAGCAGUUUAAGUAUUCCCUCCGAGUUAUCAAAUGCCCAUAAUGUAGUUGUUACAGAGAGAGUAGUUUCUGGUCCUGGCAUGACCAGCAUGGGUGGCAUGAGUGGUAUUAGUCAAAUGUUGGGCUCAGACGCCCAUUUUACCCAGACCCUUGGAUCAGCUUCCCCUGGAACAGCUCGAAGAAGGGUGGCAAACUAUAGAACAGUACAGUAUUCUAAUCAAUAAGACUUCUAUUAGUAUUUUCAUUUUCCUGCAGAUAUCAUUGAUUUGCAUUCAAGUUUUUACAUUCAAAAAAACAACAAUGUAUAUUUUUCAUUAUUUAUAACUAGCAUAUAGUACUAAAA